AUGGAGACAUCGUCGCCUGCCGCCGCAGCCCGUCCAAAAACUUCUGGCACUACAUCGGGCCCCAUGACCUUGCCCACCAUCCCGCUCAGUACGCAUGAGCUUCGAGUGCGCUGGACGCAGGCGGACGAUCACAGCCUGAACCGCAUUUUGGGGUAUUUUCGCCUCAAUACUCCCAAUUGCGAGGUCAACGAGUUCAUCAUUCCCAUCGAGCUCGACGCCGACCACAACACUGUGCCGCCUUUGGAUCGGUGGAAUGGCCUGGUCGUCCCAUGGGACCAUGACUUGAGCCCGCUCAAGUACAUCAUGUUCUUGGUGUGCGAUCGCAUCCUGUACGACCAGAUCAGAGCCUAUGCCAUCCGUGCCAUGGACGGACUGCUUGACUUGAGGUGUGGCUCCAGCCAACGGUCAGCAGGUUAUACCGCGAAGAUGGUCCUGGCAUUGACCCCUCCUGCAGACCUGAUCUAUCGUGUGGGCACCCUCGCCACCGAAGCGGAGCAUUUGGCGGCCCAGGUGAAUGACCUCAGGGACGAAAUCCGUCACCUCAAGUUGCAAGUUGGCAUGCGGGAUCUUCGGCUGCAUCAGCUCCGAGACACGCUGGGGAUCGUUGUGGAAUCCUUGUGCGCGAUGGACCCUUCGUUGAUCCCACUCUUUCCAGGUCUUUCAGUACCUCCUGGCCAGCUUGUGGACCCAGUGGAUGCCCCGGACGGUUUGAUUGACGCUGAACUUCAUGAAGACUGUGAAGGUUUUGGAGAGGAACCCUUGUCCACUGCAGGUGAAAUGGCAUCAUCCGCCGGCGUUUCAUUACAGGACACAGGCAGUGAUACAAGUCGCAUUUUGUUGUCUAGUGGAGAUCACGCUGCAUGGUUUGCACAUUCGUUGCUCACAAACGUCGAUCUCGUCAGCACGAAACUUCCGUGGGAACAAGGCAUCUUUGCAGAACUGCUCAAUGAUGGUGAUGGAUUGCCGGAUAUAGUGCCGAAGAUUGAGAUAUCGAAUCAAGGCCAACACAAUGACCUGGCGAUGGCUCUUGAAGCCUGCAGGGCCGAAGUCUCUGAAGCUGCCCAACCUCAUAUGGCAGCAGGUGAGAGUGCAAUUUACCCAGCAUUCGUGAAGAGCAUCACGGACAAGGACUAUGCAACCAAACGCACAUCCCUCAUGGACGCUGCCAUCAAGUUCUUGCCGGAUGCGCCAGGAAGAGAUUUCUUUCCGACAUUCCCUCCGACACCGCCUAUCCAGAGGCAUGUCAUGAGCCAAGGUGAAUUGGGCCCAGUCGAAGUUGAGUGCAAGCAAGAAGAUCACCCAAGCGAGGUUGUGGAGGGUGAAAUUAUUGUCAGCUCGGAUGAAUCCGACUCGUCAUCGUCUAGUGACGCUGAAAGCUCUGCUUCCAGUGCGAUUGAGGUGUCCUUCAUCCUCAUGCCAUUGCCGAGCAGAUCCACACCGAAGACUGAGACCAAGCCAUCGCCGUCCUUUCCCAAGGCCAAGCCGCAUGCGGGGCCCAGGAGCACCCCAAAACAGCUGUGCCAAACCAUGCUCCAGACCCUCUCGGAAUGGUCCGCCCUUGCCAAAGAUCUGCAGAAAGAAGAGCGAAACAUUCACGCAGCCCUUCCAGAUCAUGCCAGAGUUAUUUUGCAAGGGAAACGAAUCCUUCUUUGGAAAACCCUUUUGGAGCGCUACAACUAUGACGACAUGGAAGUGGUCGAUGAGCUCUUGAAGGGAGUUGAUCUUGUGGGCUCUGUGGGCCAAGUUCCAUCGAUGACAUCGGCCUUCAAGCCAGCCACCAAAUCUGUCGGUGAACUGAGAGAAGGUGCCAAGGCAUCCAGGGAUGCGACACUGGCCGGCAUGAGAAGCUUCCCGGAACACAAGCAGACUGUGAUUUUUGAAGCGGAGCUCAUUGCAGUCAUCGUUGCAGUCAAACUUUGGAAGAACGACUUGUUGGACAGACCUGUUGUGAUCUUUGUUGACAACAACAGUGCAAGAGAUGUUGCAGUUUCUGGAUCGGCGAGAACCGUAACACCUCUGAAACUCGUCAACCUUUUGCUCACACUGGAGGAUGAGCUCUCCAUCAUCCCUUGGUAUGCUAGAGUGCCUUCCAAGUCGAACCCUGCAGAUGAGCCAUCCAGAAGUGACAAAGAGAUCGAAUCCCUUGGACAAAGAGCUGUGAAGAGUGAGGUUGAAGCUGCGGUCCAGUUCAUUCUUUCAUGCAUCAAUUAA